AUGUAUCAGAUUGGGAACAUCUAUGGUAUCACGGCUAUUGCCGUUAUUGGUGGUGGGUUGUUUGGGUUUGAUAUUAGUUCUAUGAGCGCUAUUUUACCGACUCAACAAUACCGAUGUUACUUUAAUCAGGGACCGUUGGGUCCGCCUUUUACAGGGCCUGAGGAUGCGUGCUCUGGACCUAAGGCUGAUGUGCAGGGUGGUAUCACCGCUGCUAUGCCCGGUGGAUCCUUCGUCGGUGCUCUCGUAUCUGGAUACCUAACUGAUAAACUGGGUCGUCGUCGCGCGAUCCAGAUCGGCUGCCUCAUCUGGAUCAUCGGAUCCAUAAUUUCUUGUGCAGCCCAGAACAUCGGCAUGCUCAUUGUCGGUCGCUUUAUCAACGGGCUCUCUGUCGGUAUCUGCUCUGCCCAAGUCCCUGUCUACAUAUCUGAACUAGCGCCUCCGUCCCGCCGUGGUCGUGUUGUCGGAAGCCAACAGUGGAGUAUUACGUGGGGUAUUCUCCUGAUGUUCUAUAUCUCCUACGGCUGCAGUUUCUUGGAUGGACCGAAGGCCUUCCGUAUCCCAUGGGCCCUGCAGAUGAUCCCAGCCAUUAUCCUUGGUUUCGGCCUUGUAUUUCUCCCCGAAUCCCCCCGAUGGCUUGCGCGCCAUGACCGCUGGGAAGAGACUCAAGCUGUUCUUGUGCUGGUUCAUGGAAAGGGUGAUCCCAACAGCCCGUUUGUCAAGCUCGAAAUGGAUGAGAUCCGCCAGGCGAUUGAGUUCGAACGCCAGAACGCCGAUGUCACUUUUAUGGAGCUAUUCAAGCCCAACAUGAUCAACCGUCUUCAUAUUGGUGUCUUUACCCAGAUCUGGUCCCAACUCACUGGAAUGAAUGUCAUGAUGUACUACAUUACUUAUUUGUUCGGUAUGGCCGGGCUCAGCGGGAAUGUUAACCUCGUUGCGAGCUCCAUUCAAUAUGUCAUCAACGUAAUCAUGACUGUACCGGCCCUCCUCUUCAUGGACCGUUGGGGACGCCGCCCCAUGUUCGUCAUAGGCGCCACCCUCAUGAUGACCUGGAUGUUCGCUAAUGCCGGUCUUAUGGCUUCUUACGGCAAGCCUGCACCCCCCGGUGGUCUCAAUAACAUUGCCGAGCAAUCGUGGGAAAUCGGCGGCGCCCCUUCGAAGGCCGUAAUUGCCUGCACCUACCUCUUCGUAGCUUCCUACGCACCCACCUGGGGACCAGCAUCAUGGGUCUACCCCCCUGAGAUCUUCCCGCUCCGUAUCCGUGGCAAAGCCGUUGCGCUGUCGACCUCCGCAAACUGGAUCUUCAACUUUGCCCUAUCCUACUUCGUUCCCCCAGCCUUCGUCAACAUCCAGUGGAAGGUGUAUCUCAUCUUUGGCUGCUUCUGCGCUGCAAUGGCUAUCCAUACGUUUUUGCUUUUCCCAGAGACUGCUGGAAAAACGCUUGAAGAUGUGGAGGAGAUGUUUAUGACGAGGAUCCCUGCGUAUAGGACGAGGGUUGAAUACAGCUCUACGAGGAAUGCCGAGAGGGGACGGUUCGGAGAGAAGGGAGCUGGGCUGGAGCAGAGUCCGGAGAGGAUGGAGAAUGCUGAGGUGAAGGUUUAA